AUUCUCUGAUGUAUCUAAGAAAAGUUAUGGAUUUUCAAUGGUGCUGCUUUUCUCCUGUGAAGCAACCGUUGGACUUGAGCAUGAUUACUUCUCAGCUGCGGACUUAUGUGGCAAUUUCAGUGUUUUGUGUCUUAAAAGCCAGCUCCCUGGAUACCUUUACUGCGGCUGUUUAUGAGCAUGCAGUAAUAUUGCCUAAUGCCACCUUAACAGCAGUGCCCCGUCAAGAGGCGCUGGCAUUAAUGAACCGAAAUCUGGAUCUUUUGGAGGGAGCGAUCAUAUCAGCAGCAAAACAGGGUGCACAUAUUAUUGUGACUCCAGAAGAUGGUAUUUAUGGCUGGAACUUCAACAGGGAAUCUAUCUACCCGUACUUGGAGGAUAUCCCAGACCCUCAAGUGACCUGGAUCCCUUGUAAUCAUCCCAACAGGUUUGGCCACAACCCACUGCAAGAAAGACUCAGCUGCCUGGCCAAGGACAACUCUAUCUAUAUUGUGGCAAAUAUUGGGGACAAAAAGCCAUGCAAUGCCAGUGAUCCCCAGUGUCCUUCUGAUGGCCGUUACCAGUACAACACUGAUGUGGUGUUUGAUUCUCAGGGAAAACUGGUGGCACGCUAUCAUAAGCAAAACCUUUUCCUGGGUGAGGGUCAAUUCAACAUACCCAAGGAGCCUGAGGUGGUGACUUUCAGCACCCCGUUUGGAAGGUUUGGCAUGUUCACAUGCUUUGAUAUACUCUUCCAUGAUCCUGCUGUGACCCUGGUGAAAGAUUUCCACGUGGACACCAUACUGUUUCCCACAGCUUGGAUGAAUGUUUUGCCACAUUUGUCAGCUAUUGAAUUCCACUCAGCUUGGGCUAUGGGCAUGGGGGUCAAUUUCCUUGCAUCCAAUCUACAUCACCCCGCAAAGAAAAUGACAGGCAGUGGCAUCUAUGCACCUGACUCUCCGAGAGCAUUUCAUUAUGAUAUGAAGACCAAAGAGGGAAAACUCCUCCUUGCACAACUGGCUUCCCACCCACACCAUCCGGUGGUGAAUUGGACUUCUUACGCCAGUGGUAUAGAAGCACUCUCAACGGGAAACCAGGAAUUUAAGAGCAUUGUCUUUUUUGAUGAAUUCACCUUCUUGGAGCUCAAAGGAGUCACAGGAAAUUACACAGUUUGUCAGAAUGAUCUCUGUUGUCAUCUAAGCUACAAGAUGUCUGAGAAGAGAUUGGAUGAAGUUUAUGCCCUAGGGACAUUUGAUGGACUACAUACUGUUGAAGGGAGAUACCAUUUACAGAUUUGUACUCUGUUGAAGUGUAAAACAAUGGACUUGCACUCUUGUGGUGACUCCGUGGAAACUGCCUCUACCAGGUUUGAAAUGUUCUCCCUCAGUGGCACCUUUGGAACUCAGUAUGUCUUUCCUGAGGUGUUGCUCAGUGAAAUUCAGCUGGCACCUGGAGAAUUUCAGGUGUCAAGCGAUGGACGCUUGUUUAGCUUGAAGCCGUUAUCUGGACCUGUCUUGACAGUAACUCUUUUCGGGAGGUUGUAUGAGAAGGACCAGGCAUCAAACAUUUCAUCAGACCUCGUGGCACAAGCGUUAAGUACCCAUACAUACCAGACAAUAUAAAACCAGAUAAAUAGAGACAACAUUUUGAAAGGCUGAAUAGUGUCCUGCACUCUUUCAAAUUCAUUAUAUUGGAAUCCUAAGUCCAUACCUCAGGAUAUGACUGCAUUUGGAGAAAGUCUUUAAAUUAAAGAGAUAAAAGUAGGUCAUUAUGGUGAGCCCAAAUCCAGUACAGCUCUUGUUCUUAUAAGAAGAGGACAUUAAGACACAGACAUGCCCAGAGGGGAGACCACGUGAAAACACAGAGGAAGGUGGCCGGCCAUCUACAAGCCGAAGAGAGAGGACCUCAGGAAAAAUAACCCUGACAACACUUUGAUCUCAGACUUGUCCUAAAUCAUGAGAAAAUAGAUUUCUGUCAUUUGAGCCAGCCUGUAGUACUUUAAUGUGGCAUCCCUAGCAAAUAAAUAACAAAUCCAAUCCCCUCACCUCUAUUUCCCACCAUAAUUUGAAGCUUGGACAAAAUGGUUACCUAGUAAGAAUAUCCAGCUAGCUUAGCUCCCCCAGGCUCAACUAGACACUCUUAGAGAAUUAUUGGUAAUGGGUUGACAGUGAAACCAUUCAAGAUCCUAUGGAGUUAGGGAACCAGAAAGUCACAUUGAUGAAAUUAUGUAUUUAAUCUGACAUUAAAUGUUCUUUUUAAGUAAGGGCAGAAACUCUUGACAUUAUACACCUUGUGAAACAAAGAAUAUCUUUUAAGUAAAAAAAUCUCUCAGCUGAUAGACUAUCCAUAUAGCCCAGAUAUUGACCUCACACUGUACAAACAUGACCUUCUGCAAAGGAGAGCAGGGUAUUUGCAGCAGGGGUCCAUGCCAGCAAUAUGACAUUUUGAAAUAAACACUUUUGUGGCAGAUGCUUUCCCUAAAAAAGACUAUAUCAUCCAAUAAAUAUUUGAGUAAAGUUCAUCUUGUGCUUUUGGGUGACAUUAACUGACCUUUUAAAAAAAAACCUAUUAGAAAAUAAGAAAGCUCCUUAUGUAUUUAGGAACAGGAAGCAUCAUGGAAAGCCUCAAUGCCAUCAGACAAUUUUAAUUUAAAGCAGAAAACAUGCUAAUGUAUCAGUAAUAGGCUGAAAAUAUUAAAUGCUUCAAAAAAAUUCUAAAUACUUCUUUUCUGUUUAAUAUUGACAAAUUGUGACAUAACAAAUUACUCCCAAAUUUGACAGCUUAAGACAAUAAACAUUAUCUUCUACAGUUUCUGGAAGUUAGGACCUGGGAGUGGUUUAGCUGGGUUUUCUGGCUUAGGAUCUCUCUUAAAGCUGUAUUAACCUAUUACCAGGACUGCAGUCACCUCAAGGCUCUACUGGGGCUGGAGACUGCUUCUAAGCUCACUCACAUGGUUGUUGACAGGUUCCGUUCCUUGGGAGAUGUUGGCUGGAGGCCUCUGUUGCUCACCACAGGGGCCUUUCCAUAGGCUGCCUGAAAGCUUUUGCAAAAAGGCAGCCACUGGCUUCUAGAGUGAGUGAUGAAAUGAUAGACAGAUGGAUAGAUAGAUAGAUAGAUAGAUAGAUAGAUAGCCAGCCUAAGAAGGAAGCUAUAGUUUUCUAUAAGGUAAUCUUGGGAAUUACAUCACUUCUGCCAUAUGCUUUUAGUCAUUAAGACCAACAGUGUCACAAUGUGGGAGAGAAUCACAUAGCAGUGAGAACACCAGCAGGUGAGGAUCACUGCACGUCAUUUUGGAUGUUGACUAUCACAGUAAAUAUAUAUUUAUAUUUAUAUAUGUAUAUAUUUGCCAUAUAUUUUAAAACACAGGAUUGUUUUCCUUUCCUUUUUGCUUUAUGUAAUAUGUCUUUCAAAAUAGAUUCCCAAUAUUUAUAUCUGAAAAACAUUGUGCCAAAGAGCUUUCUACAAUGACUUUGUAUAAUA